AUGAUGGCCAUAUUCAUUCACAGACAGCAUCUCUUUUUGAUUGGCUUCUUAAGUUUCUGUGCAGGUAGUUUUUCACAAGGUCAAAAGAAUAACACACUGAUUUUCACAAAGGAAAAUACAAUUCGUAAUUGCAUGUGUCCUGAUGAGAUUACUGAGAAUGACUGUGAUUAUAGUCUGGCAAAUCUGAUCUGUAAUUGUAAAACUGUUUUGCCUUAUACAAUAGACAAAACCUACUACAAUAAUCUGACAGUUUGGUUUACAGAAACAUUCAUGUUGGGAAUGUUUUUAAACUUUACAGUUGUGUAUGACCUGAAGCUCUCACUCUGUGGCACCAUUCCUCUGUCAACAAAGUAUCUGACUAUUUGGGGAGUGCGUAGAUUGCAAAUAAGAAGUGAGAUCAAUGGCCAGUUACAAGAACAAAGUUUAACAACCUACAGCAGCCAUGACAAUCAAAUACAAGACAAACUGAAGAUGUCAUGCAAAAACAGGGACACGAUUACUCAUGUUGCUAUUUUGGACACAUCUCUUUUCAACGGCUUUGCCGCACUGAAAUCAUACAGUGUGGAGAAUGUUUUCAACAUUACGGACCAUUUUCCACAUUUGCCAUAUUUGGACACAUUCUUUAUCACAAAUAACAGAAGUUGCAUUAUAACAUUCAUUUAUUAA